AUGUCUCCCCAUGCUGCCCCAGACGCUGCGACCGCCGCUGCCAAGGUCGAUGUCAAUGGCACUGCAGUACCACAGCCCUUGACCGUUAGCGGAGUCCCCGCCCGCAGGGCCAAAACCACCCUGCCUGCAGGCGUGGCGGCAUACGCUGACAGUGAUAUGUUCAAGAGUUCGGCCUGUUACACCAAGCCAAAGGCUCGACGAUGGGAUGAUUAUAUCUCUACCGAAAGCAAGUCGCGAAUGGUAUGUGCUUCCAACCCUGAUGACGAGUCGAGGCGAGCUGACCCCUGGCCGGAAAUCCAGGCAUCUUCCUUGAAACAAGCUGCUCAUUACCUUAAACAGCCUGGAUUGAUAUCCCUUGGGGGAGGUCUCCCCUCUUCUGACUACUUUCCUUUCGAUGAGAUCUCUAUCAAAGUUCCCGUUGCGCCUCACUUCUCAGAGAAGGAAACGCAUGAGUCUGGGCAAAUCAUCACUGCCGGGAAGUAUGACAUUCAAGAAGGCAAAAGCGAUUUUGAUUUGGAGAUCUGUUUGAACUAUGGACAAUCAGUCGGAGCCGCGCAGAUGUUGCGUUUCGUCACGGAACACACGGAGAUCGUCCACAACCCCCCGUAUUCUGACUGGCAAUGCUCGCUUUCCGCUGGUAAUACCGCUUCGUGGGACAUGGUGCUACGUAUGUUCUGUGAGCGUGGCGACUAUAUCUUAACCGAAGAGUACUCAUUUUCCAGUGCCCUGGAAACAGCGCUGCCUCAAGGACUUCGCCUCGCCCCAGUUAAAAUGGACGAGCAAGGCAUCCUCCCCUCUGCUCUCGAAGAAAUUCUGAGCAAUUGGGAUGUUUCUUCACGAGGCGCCCGGAAGCCGUUUGUACUUUAUACCGUUCCAUCCGGUCAAAAUCCAACCGGCGCUACCCAAAGUGCUGAACGUAGAAAGGAGGUGUAUAAGAUUGCGCAAAAACAUAACAUCAUUAUUGUUGAAGAUGAGCCAUACUACUUCCUUCAAAUGCAGCCAUAUAAGGGCGCAAAUGCACCACAGGAUCCAGCUCCGGCCAAUCACACCGAAUUUUUAAAGGCUUUGAUUCCAUCUUUCUUAAGCAUGGAUGUUGAUGGACGGGUUGUGCGGCUUGAGUCAUUCUCCAAAGUCUUGUCCCCUGGUUCUCGUGUUGGGUGGGUCGUCGCGUCCGCGCAGAUUAUCGAGCGCUUCCUGCGAAAUGCAGAGACGUGCACGCAAAACCCAAGUGGAAUGGCCCAGAUCAUUCUCUUCAAGCUUCUCGACGAAGCUUGGGGCCAUGAGAAAUACUUGGAGUGGCUGAUCUUUCUCCGAAUGGAGUAUACUGCUCGAAGAAACGUCAUGCUGGAGGCCUGCGAGAGUUUCUUACCAACAAGCAUCGCAAGUUGGACGGCGCCGGCAGCAGGCAUGUUUCACUGGAUUAAAAUCGAUUGGACAAGACACCCGCUUGCUCGUGCUGGCAAGUCCUACGAUAUUGUCGAAGAGGCUAUCUUCAAGGCAGCUGUUGAUCAAGGAGUGCUGGUCUCACGUGGCAGCUGGUUUGCCGCAGAUCAUUCUAAGCCACCUAUCGAUAUGUUCUUCAGGGCGACCUUUGCUGCUGCCCCUGCGGAUAAGAUUCAGCAAGCCAUCAAGCGUUUCGGGGAGACCCUGACAGCACAAUUUGAACUCUAA